UUCCUGGCCGCACGGACUCACUGCUGGUUUGUUCUACAUUUUUAGAGCUGGUCUUUUCAGAGACUGGAUGGAGAAUGAAGAGCUUUGAGACGCCACAGAGGGAACCAUCUCUGAAAACAUCCUGCAGCAUGCGUUUACUCCUUCCACAGCACCGCCGGGUUUAUGUUUGGAUAGAAAUGGAGGAACAGAAAAAAAAUUGAAAGUAUGAACAUCAGAUCCUGAUUCUUCAGUCUCCCAACACAAGACAGCAGGCUGUGCAGCUUUAGUCCUACUCAGGCAGCUCCAAUGGACACUUCCAGCCUGCUAAGUCUCACUGUGGUCCUGCUGGGUUUGCUGGGUCCUUGUUUGACCAGACUGACACCCAGAGUCUCUUUCCCUAUGGGAAGUCCUGGGCGACGUCUAACCAGCUUCAACAACCAUGAGGUCAAAAACACCACCACACUGCUUCUUGCUCCGGAUGAAGAAACGCUCUACGUUGGAGCCCAGGACGCUUUGCUGGAGCUGGAUGUCAGCCAAAAAGAUGCAAUGACUUUGAGGAACAAGCUGGACUGGAGUCCUUCAGACAAAGACCUGGAACAGUGUUCCAUGAAAGGAAAAAAAAUGACAGAUUGCUCCAAUUUUAUUCGUGUCCUGGAGUUCUUAAACUCCAGUCACCUUUAUGCCUGUGGAACCUUUGCCUUUAGUCCACGCUGCACAUACAUUAACUUACAGACAUUUACGAUGCAGCAGAACUUCGAUGAAGGAAGAGGUCGCUGCCCUUAUGACCCAUAUCAGCGCAACACUGCUGUCAUUGUAGAUGGAGAACUUUACACAGGAACUGUAGCAGACUAUAGAGGAAAUCGACCCAUCAUCUCCCGACAUCUGAGUGAGGGCAAGCGCCUUGACCUGAAGCUGGAUGAUACAUUAGGAUGGCUUGAAGAUCCGACCUUCAUCAGCUCCAUCUUCAUUCCACACGAGGAGAAAAUCUAUUUCUUCUUCAGUGAAGCUGGCAGAGAGUAUGACUUCAUCAAUAAAUUUAUUGUCUCUCGUGUCUCCCAGAUCUGUGUGAGUGAUGUUGGUGGUCAGCGAACUCUUCAGCGAAGAUGGACCACUUUUGCCAAAGCUCAGCUGCUGUGCCAGGCUGGCAGUGAGCUACCUUACAAUGUGCUCCAGGACAUCAGCAUCCUCCCACCAGCAGAGGGAGCCCCUGCAGACGACACGCUCUUCUAUGGUAUCUUCACAUCCCAGUGGCCUGUCAACUCUGGACGCUCAGCAGUGUGUUCAUUCCGACUGGCUGAUAUUAAAGCAGUUUUCUCUGGAAACUACAAGGUCCUGAACAGAGACACCUUACAGUGGAGUGCACGAGUUCAAGAAAAGGUUGCAAAUCCAGGAGAGUGUGGCCUCCACAAUGCAUCCGACAAUGCUCUACGCUUCGUUAAAGAAAAUUUCCUGGCUGAAGACAGCGUCCGGCCGGUGGCAAGAAGCUUGACAAUGGUUUCUGCUGAGCACAUCUAUAGCCGUCUGAGCGUGCAGAGAGUGCAAGCUGUCAACAGGAAGCACUACACCAUGCUGUUCCUGCUCACAGAGGCUGGUCAGUUACAUAAAGCAGUGCUGCUGCGAGGCGGCGCUCACAUCAUUGAAGAAGUUCAGGUUUUCCAGCACCCACAGGCUGUCAAGAGUCUGAAGCUCUCCAUUCCAAAGGGAGUGAUUUACGUUGGAACAUCAGAGGGGUUGGUGAAGCUUCCAGUUUCCAACUGCUCUUUCUACUGGACCUGUGCCCAGUGUGUUUUGUCGAGGGACCCCUUCUGCGCUUGGGACCCAGUUGGCAGAGCCUGUGUAGGGACCUCUGAAGCACAGAACCCCCUGAACCAGGAUGUAGAUGGAGGAAAUGUGGAAGAGGCUUGCAGCAGUGCCUUGUUAACACACAGAACCAGAUUUGGAUCUAGUAAACUGCACACAGGUUCAUGUCCAGCCGGUGAGCUGGUGUCAGUCUCUCUGAACGAGGUGGUGCGGCUCAACUGUCCUGCAGCAUCGCAGCUUUCCCAGCAGCAGUGGGAGCGUCCCAACAGCAGGCUGUCCUCCAACCUCUACCUGCAGCUGAGAGACGGCAGCCUGAGCUUUGUAGCCACGCCCACAACUUUGGGCCACUACCUGUGCCUGUCCACAGAAAACGGCUACCGACAAACCAUGGCCAUCUAUCAUGUCAAGCAAAAGAGCAGCCAAGCUCCAACCGGCUACACCCACCAGACUCCAGUAACCCAGCCUGCAUACAGACCUGGUCCAAACUCCUCCACGGAGCAGGCAACAGAGUCAGGACAAAAAGACGACUCCCCCUCCCUGUCCGUUCAGAGCAUCCCUUCCUCCAGCACUCACCGGGCCAGAAACAAGACUGUGUGGACUGAGGAAUCUCAAUGGAGGGGGGUGAAGCUCCAUGACGGGGAGCUCCUAGUGUCCAGCCGAAGUCCUUGCUAUCUCAAAGAGUUGGUGGUUGUGUCCAUUCUGCUAGUGCUGUGUCUCAGUCUACUGAUUACAAUAAGCCUGUACUUUAUCCGACAGCGAUGCCACUGCAAAACGAUCCCCCAGCCUCAGCCUCCCAGCAGAGAGGCUGGCAGAGUCACACCUGAGGAGGUGGAGCCGACGGGGAGCAAGACUCUGGGCAAAAGUAACAGUGAAGUAGCGAGAAGUGGAAACGCCAGAGGCUUUGCCUGUAAUGGAAUAAGUACAGGUUCUGAUGGACAUUUACCUAACACCCCCAUCUGAGCUGUUGCAGGAGGCCAGAUUUAUUCCCAGGAAUUAAUCGAUUGAUCCUGGCUGGUUUGAAUUAUCUGAAGGAGACAGGAAACUAUGGUUCUACUCCCACUGAUGGCGCAACAGCGGGUUGAUUGCUCCACUCCUAACUUAUUUUUACUAUAGAGGGCAGCUUUUGCUCCUUCUAUCAGCUGUGAGAUCCAGCACCACUACCGGUUCUUGAGUCCAGAGACCAGUGCCAUGUCACACCUCUAAAGUUUGCUGCUGCUCAAUCGUUGCACAAUCACACUUUUAGCACAAGCAUUAAGUUGAUGAGUGAACGAGCUGCUCUGUGGAAACGCAUAAUAUUCAUGUUCAGUGAGUGUCACAGAGAACAUAUAGUGCCUUGUUUACAUUUGUGAUGAUGUUACGGUGAAGAUGCUGCUUCUUCUCAAACUUCCAUCCUGUGAAAUGUUCCCUCUGCUGUUUGGACACAUCAUUUAUUUCCCACUGUUCUGUUAGUCUCAUAUUUACAUUAGGAAUCACAGGAACAUGGUUAAAAUUUCACCAGAACAAUUGAUUUUAAAAAAGAAAACCAGAGAGAUGGAGUUUUAAUAGAGAACUGAACAAAAAUUCACAGAUUUGUAUAAAAUGACUUCAAACUCAAAACAAACUUUUGAAAAUAAUUUUUUUUUCUCAUUUUAAUAAAAUAUUUAAAGUCAUCUGUGGGCAAAUAAGCUGGCUCUGAUUCCAGCAGAAAGAUGUCACAAAGAAUUGAUUUUGUUCUCUGGACCAAUGCUGUUUUUAAAUUCACAAGGUUGCCAUUGUUGAUGUUUAAAGUAAUCUGAUGAGAAUAAAAUAUAUUUCACAUUUUCAUACUAUUACAGAACUAGACAUUCAACCAUAUAAAAGAUGACAGCACUGAUGGUUAAAAACUUAAGUUAUUACGGCUUCAAUGCCAGAUUCUUUUUCAAAGCCAAAUUUAUAGAUUCUUAUAUUUCAACAAAUAAAACAUGAAAGGUUAAAAUUACAAUUUAACUUGCACUUCACCACACAUCAUCCAACCAGUAUUUGUGUUUCAAUUUACUUAGUUUUGAUCCCACAUUCUGCAUCGGUUUUACUUUUCAUGUAUGUUACUUUGUUUGGUCUCAGACAGACAUUU